AUGGAUAUCGAUAACGGAUCCAGCAUGCCUGAGUUAAUGGCAAUGCUCAAACGACGGAAAGAAAACCUUCGCCAAGGUGAAGCUAACAGAGGAAAAAAGAUAGAGUUCACGGCUCCUAGGGCAGUCAUCAUUGCCAAGUUCCAGUUCCAACCCUACCCGCCCAGCACCAAAUCCCUCGGCGAACUCAAAAAGAAGAUGAUCAAGGACCUUCACAUGGAGCUCCACCAUGAGGGUGCCUUCCUGGUCGUGAGAUCCAUUGCUCCGCCAACCAGGCUGACAAGUAUUAUGGCCAUCGUUGAAGACGAGAAUCAAGACGUUGUCUUGCUCCAGCUGUACAAUCAAGAGAAGGAAACAGAAUAUCCUGCAGAUGAAAUCCUCGGGGACGGGAUGGUCGUUAUGCUCAAGAACCCUUAUCUCAAGACGACGUCAGAUGGCACCUAUGGGCUCCGCGUAGAUCACCUUUCUGACAUCGUAUGUCUCGCAAGACAUGACGACCGUGUCCCGUCAAAAUGGAGGAUCAAUCUCCGCGAUGAUACCAAGAACGCGCUGUAUUGGAAAAACCUGGGAAAUCGAUUCUUCGGUGACACCCAAUACAGAGCGGCCAUUGAGAGGUAUACCGAGGCGCUCAAGCAUUGCCCAACCGAGGAUGAAGAGCGCAUCAUCAAGCUCAAUCGCUCGAUAGCCUUCCUAAAGACCGAGCAAUUUAAGGCUGCGCUCUCUGAUAUUGAGUCCGCACCCAACGGGCCCAACUUGGUCGAGAAAGCUCUUGAUCGCAAGGCCCAGGCCCUAUACGGUCUCGGAAAAUAUCGAGAAUGUUGUCAUGUUCUCGAAGAGAUGUGCGAAAAUUUUACAAAAAAUGCCUCUGUCCAACAGCGCCUCACCCAUACCAUAAAACGUAUCAAGGAGCAAGAGCGCGGCCUCCACGACUUUGCGAGAAUGCAACGCGAGGCCUCAGACAAACGCCCACCGCAUCUAGAUUUUGCCACCUAUAUUGGGCCAGUGGCAUUAGGUCCGUCAGGCUCAAAAGGGCGCGGCCUCUUCACAACGAAAGCCGUCAAAGCAGGCGACUUGUUGUUGUGCGAGAAGGCAUUUGCUCAUGCUUUUGUUGAUACUGACGGUAUCCACACGCAAGAUCUCACGGUCCUGAUCGAUGCACAGAGAGAUUUGAUCACCGUCGGGGGGCAGGCUGAGCUCAUUCGGCUCGUGGCUCAAAAAGUAUACCAAAACCCAUCGAUGGCUGCCACUGUCACUGAUUUACACCACGGCUCGUACCAGCCUGUAGAUGUAUCUGAGGUGGAUGGCAUCCCAAUCGUUGACACAUUCCUCAUCUCCCGUAUCAUUGCACUUAAUUGCUUUGGCUGCCCUCUUACAACUCUUGAUUCGAAAACAGGGGGUGGUAGCUGGGGAGGGUCAAGAAUCAAUGAAAGGAUCCAUCACUCAGUUGGACUCUGGCCAAUGGCUUCGUACAUCAACCACUCUUGCGACAGCAAUGCCACUCGCGCCUUCAUCGGCGAUUUCAUGAUCGUUCGCGCAACUCGGGACCUUGAUAGCGGUACCGAGCUCAAAUGGUGGUACUACGACCCAGGCCAAGACAACAAGAAGGGUGCUGACAACCACUGGGGUUUUCAGUGUGACUGCGUCAUAUGCACAGAUGAUCAAGCCACUUCUCCUCAGAUACUAGCUGACAGAAAGCGACUUAAAAGUGCUUUGAAAUCAGAGGGCAGCGCAGCAAAGCCUGGAAAGAUUGAAUCCAUGCUGGAAAAAAUGAAGCUAACAUACCGUAAGCCACCUUCAGAGGUACCGCGGUUGGACAUGUAUAACAUCCAGGUCAGUGUUGCGAUCAGAUAUCUGGAAACUAACCAGCCCACCAAAGCGGUUGAGCGGGGUUUGGAAGCUCUUAGCUCUCUCGGGUUUAUCAUUGAGGGAGCAACUAUGCCUCAGUGUGGCACUUCGAAUGGAACGGUUUUGAUCAAGCGGUGGGGGCUAGAUUGUGACAAUUUUAAAUGCUGGCAGGUUCUCUCAAAUGCAUAUUACAUGCUCGGAGCCUUUGGCCUUGCAUCCCAAGCAGAAAACCUUGGCAGGAUCUCUUACAAAGCCUGUAUUGGAGAAGAUGUCUCUUUCGACGUCUUUAGAUAA